GACGAUAUAUCAACAGACCCGUCAAAGAGCACACAAUUUUCCGUCAAGUUCCAACCCUAAAACCAAGAAUUAAAAUUUACCCUGAACAUGUGUCCAAGCAACGCAACGGCACAGUUUCAUUAUUGAUUGUAAACAAGUCCGAAAAAUUAUGUUUUCGUAACAGAUUAACAGUGGACUCCAAUUAAAUGUAUCAUCAGUAAUCACAUAUGUUUUUAGUAAAUGUAGGAAGAGUGCUGAGGCGCAAGAUGGAUUUCGGUUUUGGAGAUUUACUUUAUCCAAAUAUCACGGGGCUUAGACAAUUCUUCGGGAAUGACUCUAUUAUCGGCCCUACAUCUGGAUUUCAUUCCAUGGCCAGGAUGAUGGACAGAAUGAUGAACGAAAGUUUGCAGCCCUUCGGCUUCGCCAGAAUGACCACUAGGCGAAACACACAUAACAGCAAAGAUGGCGACAAAUCCGAACCGCCGAGAAAUGGGUUGCGAACCGAGAGAAGCGAUACACGGAGAGAAAGAGCCAGGAACACGUCUGACUGGCAUGAAGCGAAUGGUACUCGACACCCACAGACGCAGAUUGUUCGACCAACUCAAAAUACUCAGUUUUCUGAAACAUCUAUGGAUCAAGGCAAACAGUCGGAUCCAACUACAGAAAAAUGGGCUGGUACUUUAAGGAAAAGAGAUAGCAAUAUACAACCGAGCCUACCAUCCAUUGUUACAAGAAAAGCGUCUUCUACUGGUACAGUAGGCAGUGGAAGAAAGACAAGAUCUGUCGAGAGAAUAGUCAGGUCAAAGGGGGGCAAACAACUCGCACCUGUCAAACCUAUCAUUCGAAAAAAUGAUGUACCCAUUGAAGGAGAUACGUGCACACUUAUAGAAAGAGAUGAAAAAGUAUUUGACGCAGCAGGAUAUGAGUUACAUUUAGUAGAAACGCUAGAAAGAGAUAUUGUUCAAAAGAACCCUGAUGUACACUGGAAGGAUGUAGUAGGUUUGGACGAUGCAAAGUCUGUUUUACAGGAAGCUGUAGUUUUGCCACUAGUUAUGCCCGAAUACUUUAAGGGCAUUCGAAGACCAUGGAAAGGCGUCUUAUUGACCGGGCCACCGGGAACUGGUAAAACAUUGUUGGCACGAGCAGUAGCCACUGAAUGUCGGACUACGUUUUUCAACGUCUCUUCUGCUACACUUACGUCUAAAUACCGUGGCGACUCGGAAAAGCUUGUCAGAUUAUUAUUUGACAUGGCGGCAUUCUAUGCACCAAGCACAAUAUUUCUGGAUGAAGUGGACUCGUUAUGUGCGGUGCGUGGUGCCGACUCCGAACAUGAGGCUUCACGACGAUUUAAGGCUGAACUCCUGAUACAGAUGGACGGAUUGGCUGCUUCCUUCCACAAGGACAAACUUGUAAUGGUCUUAGCAGCGACUAAUCAUCCGUGGGAUAUCGAUGAGGCGUUUAGAAGACGAUUUGAAAAGAGAAUUUACAUUGGUCUUCCAGAUGAGCCAACGCGAGUAAAGUUAUUGAAGUUGUGCCUUCGGGAGGUGGUUCUGGCUGAAAACGUGAAUCUCUCUGAGUUAGCGGUUAAGUUGGACGGUUAUAGUGGUUCUGACAUAAGCAAUCUUUGCAGGGAUGCAGCAAUGAUGACCAUGCGUCGCAAGAUAGCAGGCAAGUCUCCCGACCAAAUACGUAAAAUAAAGCAGUCAGAGCUCGAGGCACCGGUCACCAAAGAGGACUUGAUGACAGCAAUAGAAAAGACUCGCCGCACGGUGACCACCAACGAUGUCGCCAGAUAUACGAACUGGAUGCAAAAGCAUGGAUGUUCCUAGCGGCGCGCCCCAGCGCUUCAGGCGCUACUCCAACGGAUGCGGGAAUCCUGAGGAGCGUACAGAACAAUCGACACGAUCCCUUAAUAGCACCAGCUCAUCAUUUUGCAGUGUUAUAUGAAAGUGCCGAUUGAUCCGAAAAUCAGGACUAUACUUAUCGCAGUGCUGUUAUUUUAAAGACGUGUAUCGACUUUAAACAUGAAUUUUAUGACAGACAUGUACAAUGCUUUCGUAGGUACGUUAUGUGAAUUUGGAGUUGCGUUUCAAGUGGACAUUUUAAUGUGAGUUUUAUAUCGAAAUUAUUCAAAGAGUAUCAUUUGAAUUAUGUGUAAAAUAUACUUCAUUGUCUACCUGUAAUGUUUAAGAUCCAUGGCAUACUGUAGGCUUGUAGUUAACACAGUGUCAUAAUAACGUCAAACGUUUGCUAAAAUUAUAACCAUUAGGUGUAAAUCUACUGCUAUUGCAAUUUUUGAAUAAUUUGUCAAAAAAAAUAAUUUGCUUGGCCUAUGGAAGCAAAUCCAAUAUUUGACAUAAUUAUGAACACUGUACACUUGUAGCUUUGAUGGAAUACUGGUAUAAUUAAAUCUGCGAUGCCUUACUUUGCAAGAUUUGCCAUGAUUACCGUGGCUUGACGCACCCACUGUAACAAUCAAGUAAAUUAUUACUUGCAAAUAGCGGAAGCUUCGUAAAUUUAUAACUUAACUUACGAAUCGAUUGUCUUUUUUUCUAAAAAUUAAGAGUAGGUUUGUAUUUAUUGAUUUAUUUAUUGAAAUGUAACGACUUGAUCGCAGAGUCUAUAGGAACUAAAUUACUAAUUGUUUAAAAAUUUGACGUGUAUUGUCUCUCGUUAUUAGUUUCUUUACCAAAAGUUAAUUGGUUUAAUUCUUCACAAAGUAUGAUCAACGUGUUUUCUAUCGUAUUUAUAUCCACAGGUUAGCUAUAGUUUUAUUGUAAUUAUGGCCAGUGAUAUCACACAUUGGCACAAAAGUAAUCCUAAAUUAAAUUUAAACUCUACGUAUGAGAUAAGAUUACAAACAAAAAUUGUAAGUAGUAUAUAAUAUGCGACGUCUUAUUUGGAUAAUUUUUUCAGGUUACUUUUUCUACCUAAUUUCGGUAGCAAUAUUUAUUAUUUAAAUACUUUAGAAUAUUAUCUUGAAGUAAACAUGAUUUAAUAUUCGAGUGUAGUAA